AACUGGAAUAGGCGUGUCCUCUCCCCCUGACCCUCUCCCGCCCCAUGUCCCUCUGCUCACCCUCUCGCUUGCUCCCUCCCUCCGGCGACCAAUGCCUUUAUAACCGCUCCGCGCUGCGAGGGCGGGAGAGCUGCCACAGCACCUCGGGGCUCCAGUGCCGCCUCCAUCGCGCGCCAAGCAAGCUACCCAAGUUCACGCAACACGGACCAGGGCACAAGGGACCAGAAUGACCACAGCAUCCCCUAGAGGUUGCCGCUCAAGCCUGGGUGCCAAGUACCACAGACUUUGUGAUAUCUCUGAAGUCUGGGGCAUUGUCCUAGAAGCGGUGGCCGCAGUGGGGGCUGUGACCUCAGUGGCCUUCAUGCUCGGUCUCCUGAUCCUCAUCUGCAAGGUGCAGGACUCCAACAGGCGAAAAGUGCUCCCAACCCAGUUUCUCUUCCUGCUGGGUGUGCUGGGCAUCUUCGGCCUCACCUUCGCUUUCAUCAUCCAGCUUGAUGGCAGCACGGGGCCCACCCGCUUCUUCCUCUUCGGCGUCCUCUUCUCUCUCUGCUUCUCCUGCCUCCUGGCUCAUGCUUUGAACCUGAUGAAGCUGGUGCGUGGGUGGAAGCCCCUGUCCUUGCUGGUGAUGCUGGGCCUGGCCGUGGGCUUCAGCCUGGUGCAGGACGUUAUUGCUAUUGAGUACAUCGUCCUCACCAUGAACAGGACCAAUGUCGCCAUCUUCUCUGAGCUUUCUGCCUCUCGGCGCAAUGAAGACUUUGUCCUGUUGCUCAUCUAUGUCCUCUUCUUGAUGGCGUUGACCUUCCUCACAUCCUGCUUCAUCUUCUGUGGAUCCUUCGCUGGCUGGAAGAGACACGGGGUCCACAUCUUCCUCACCAUGGUUCUCUCCAUUGCCAUCUGGGUGGCAUGGAUCACUUUGCUAUUGAUUUCUACCAUUGGCCCCGAGUGGGAUGAUACCAUCCUCAGCUCAGCCUUGGUUGCCAAUGGCUGGGUCUUCCUAUUGGCUUACGUUGCACCUGAGUUUCAGCUGCUUACGAAGCAACGGAACCCCAUGGAUUACCCUGUUGAAGAUGCAUUCUGUAAACCUCAGCUCAUGAAGCAGAGCUAUGGUGUGGAGAACAGAGCCUACUCUCAAGAAGAAAUCACUCAAGGCCUUGAAGAGCUAGGAGAUACGCUCUAUGCGCCUUACACCACCCAUUUUCAGCUGCAGAAUCGGACCUCUCCAAAGGACUUCUCCAUUCCACGGGCCCAGGCUCGGACUAGCCCUUACAAUGACUAUGAAGGAAGGAAAGGCGGCAGUUAGCUGUUCUGAAGAGUGGGGCAAACACAGCAAGUCAGCCAGCCGGGGGAAGUUCAAAGGGUCGUGGGCCACACCUGGAGUUGCCUAAGGAAACUGUACAGAACCUGUUGGGAAGAGCUUCCCUUCCUUUCUGGAGUUGCUGGGGGCACAGCAGGUCACAGCACUCGAGGGUUUUUCAUUUGUCACAACUGAGGAUCCGUCUUUUAAGUGGGAGGGAGUCUCAGGCAAACUCAGGGUGUGCGCCUCGCUGUGCCCAGUCACUUCACAAGUGACAAGAGCUCUGGCCAUCUGACCACUUACUGGCUGUAGGAGGCCGGCUCUUCUAACUCAAGACUGGUUUUGCGAGGACCGCUUGGCCCAGAGCAGAACGGCAAAUCUGAGCAAACACAGCCAAGGCCUGUCCCUGCCGGAAUCUACACUGGACGCCAACUUACUGACACCUUCCCACCUCGCCUGGGUGGGAGAGGCUGAAGGUCACGCUAAACGUUCUUGUCUGUGUGGUGCUACCACAGGGGCCCUGUGGGUCCCCAGCACCAGCUCCUAGGUCACCACUCCCAAGCUUGCUGUCCACCCCCAGACUGAGGCUCCCCUUUACCAGAGGUCCCUCUUCUGUAUCUCACAGCAGGAAGGAGCCUGAUUUCCCUUUGCUGGGAGAAUCUGUGCCCUGUUCUUGCUAAAACUCCUGGCACUGAUCCUUCUCUCAGCCCCUUGCUCCUAGGCUUCUAUAAAUAGCUUUGCACUGUGGUCACCACCUGUGUUCUGUAAGUGGGCAUUGUCCUCAAAAGGAGGGUGCUCCUCGUAUAAUAAGUUCCUCACUUGGAGAUGCAAUAAAGCUAUGGUGGCAACUCUUUCAUGGUGCUUGGACCUGAAGGAGAUAAUGGCAGGCUCUUGUCUUCUUCACAUGGAGCUGAAGACGCGGAGCCAAAGUUCAAGGUUGAGUUCCAUUGGGUGAGAGGCAAGGGUGAGAGGGGGAGACAAGAAGGGUCACAGACCCUGAGGUUUUGCUCCCGGAGGGCAGAGGAGUGGCAACCUUGGGAUGGGCUUUGGUGGCCCCAGUAGGACAGGGAGGAGACCUCAAGGCCAGCUUCACGAUUCACAGGAAGUUCAAUUGUAGUAGGGGAUAAAUUCAGAUCCCUGUUUGACACAACUGGUUCAUAAUAGCCCUUGGAAAAGGCAUAGUGACUAGCAAUUAUUAUUGAGUUAAUCCUAGAAGCAACUCUGUGGGACAGGGUAAUAGGAAACACGCUUUGGUGGAGGAAAAAAUAAAUCCCUAUAUACAGAAACUGACACUUAGAAAUUCAUAGCUGAGUUUGGGAAUUACCUCCUGAGAGCCUGAUACUGUUUUUCAUCAAAAGGAAAAACCCCGUGUGGGAAGAGGUAAGGUGAAGUUGGAGAAUUAACGACUGUCUGAAUUAAGGGUGGUUACAUUCCACAAAGAUUUGGUUGAUUGUUUCCCACUUGGCUCUGUACUCAAAUUAGCCUAGUUUUAUAUUGAAAAGGGGGAAUUACAAAUAAUGAGGUGGAUCCUUCUAGACUAUUCUAAUCGUUCGUAAGAGGCCCUGACUCAGUGAGACUGUUUUCAGGCCAAGACAAUAUAAUUUAACGUGUAUUAUCUGCCAUGGUGUAGGUAUUCAAGAAAUACAUAUUCUCUUCCCUCUUUUCUUUCCUCAUCUGGUUGUUAGCCCAUCAACCAAGCAAAGGGAGCUGAGUGAAAGGCAAAGCCAGAGAAUCUGCUUUUUUUUGUUAGGGACAAGGAUCUGCCAGGCUUUUGUAUCCCCACGACCACAGUCCUCAAGUCAACCUCUUCAAAAUCAGGAGAAAACAGGGAAAUGGUGCCCAUUGCUGGUUUCUCUCCAGUUUGGACACGUAGAGCAUUACCUCACUGAAUUCUUGUUUCUUGCCCAGAGGUAGAUAAAUGUUCUCCAUUUGAACAGCCUUUGUCAACCCUGGUCUGUGGCUGCUACCCUGUUCUCAGGUCUUAUGUGUUCUGGACAUAAUUAAACUCCUCUGUUAGAAUAGGGACAUCACAGGAACUGGAGGUUUGGGUACCUGACAACUACUACAAUACUGGACAAGAGGGUUUCAAAGACUUCCUGUAGGUCUCCAUCUUCACUGGGCUGAAAUAGAACGUGUGCAAAUUUAGCGCAGCCUGGUCCUCCCAUGACUCCAGUUGAUUGAUGGCUGGGAACCAAAAUGGCAUCUCCUUUGAACUAAAUGGGUGAUAAUGAAAUGAAGCUCAACCACCUUCCUCUCAUCUUUCACUGUCGGAUGAGUAAUAGAGUGAGUCUCCUCUCUGCCUCUGGCUUCAGGCUGAGGCUGCUCUGCCACGGCCAUACUCCAUGUUUCCACUUGAUGGCGGUAAAACCUCAGGGAUCAUCAGGGAGUGAAGGGCUUGAGGCAGAGCCAGAGGCAUCCAGUGGACUUGAGGCAAACGCCCCAUUUUAAAAGGCUUGGAUGUAUGUGCCUUUGAUGUCUUCCCUCCCACCAUCGCUAAGGGACCCAUGUCCUCUGCCAGACGUUCAUUGACCGGUGUCUUAUUUUUGUGAAACUCUCCAAGGUAUUUGCAGCCCAUUUGCAUGCGAUCUGGCAUCUUUACAGAUAACAGUUUCAGAUGCUGUUGUUAUUAAUGUUGAGGGGUAUUUAUGUGGUGAGAACACUGGCUUUUUGUCAGGGAACGGGUGCCAAAACAAAGAGUACAGCCUGGCCCGGGAAAUGCAGCAAUAAAGCACAUCCCUCCCCGCCCCCAUGCAUUCUGGGGUUCCUUCCUUUGUUUCUAGCCUUGCCGUUAUUGCUGAGAACCGAAAUGUGCCCAGCUGAUCUUUUCCUUCCUGGCCCACUUCCUCCUGUUGCUAUCGGGGUUUGCAGGUUUGCUGCUGUUCCAGCAUGGAAUUAUUUUGGAAUUGGAGAGUGAGAAACAUCGUUCUCAAGUGUGGACUGCUGAAACCCGGGGUCUGGGAAAUCGGCCGCUUGGUUGUGGAUUGUUGGCUUUGCACAUGUGUUGGUCCAGCCUGUGGCCAUCUUCUGGAAUCCCUUCCACUCAGAGCAGACAGUACUUUGUCCCUCCCCCUCCCCGUGGCUUCAGCAUGUCCCAGGUAUGCAGAUGGGUUUGUGCAGCAGGGAAUCAGUGCCUGACCCUCACUUCUGCCACCUCCAGAUUGCUGGAACUCUCUGAACCGUUCAGAAGGGAAUACUCCAGUGCCUAUCAUGUUGGCAUUUGAGGUCACAGCACUUCUUCAGUGGGUGCUACAAGGCCUUCAUUUUACAGAGGAGGCAACUUGGGCCUAAUAGAGUCAGUAUGGCCGGGGCCAGAUUUUGGGUUCUGUGUUCUGUCUACUGCCAACACUUGUGUGAUCAGUUUUAGACCCCCUCCCCCCACAAAGUAGGUGUUUGAAUAAAGAAUCCAAUAAAAUGGCCGUGGUCACUCUCUA